GCCGAGGCAUCCUCUGGCACAUCGCGCCCCGGCCCGGCCAGCUCAGAGGCCCGGCCAGCUCAGAGGCGGUGGGAGCCCCUGGCCAGACUCUGACCUCCUUCCGGGGCCCAGAGCUGCGGCUUCCAGAUCUGAUCUGGGCGGCAUGCAGCCCCAGGAGAGCGGCGUCCACUACAGCAGGUGGGAUGACAGCAGUCGGGACGAGGUCAGCAUGGCUGCUGUCUCCAGCACGGAGGAGUCGUCCUGCAGGAGGAUCUUCCAGAAGCUCUGCACAGGCAAGCUGGGGAUCGCCAUGAAAGUGCUCGGCGGAAUUGCCCUUUUCUGGGUCAUCUUCAUCCUGGGCUAUGUCACCGGUUACUAUGUGCACAAGUGCAAAUAAAUUCUAAGUCACA